AUGGAUACCCUCUUCAGGCUAGUUUCCUUCCAGCCAGACCAGCAGUCCUUCAAUUCAAGCAGGACCUCCAGCAGCUCCAGGUCCUCCAAGCAGGCCAACCACCCUCUCUACCACAACCAGUAUACGACGGAGGAGGACGACGAAGAAUGCUGCAACCACAACGACGCCAACAACAACAGCGACAACGUCUACAUGGAUGAAGACGACUUCUCCUCCUCUUCCUCGUCCAAGCAAUACUACUACCCCUACGCCCACCAGCACCAGCCGCCCGCCAGCGCAACAACCACGAUCACGGCGGCCACGCCGACCACCUCCUACAACACCCCGCCGAGCUCUCAGCCGCAGCACCAGACAUUUGAGCCGGCGGAAUUCUCCUAUCCGCAGGGGUUCAACCUCGACGCAGACGUCGACUUCACAUCGUCGGGGAAAUGGGCGUCGGAGGUGCUCCUCGACUGCGCUCGAGCCGUCUCCGGCGGCGACACCGCGCGUGUGCAGCAGCUCAUGUGGAUGCUCAACGAGCUCUCCUCCCCCUACGGCGAUGCCAACCAGAAGCUUUCCGCCUACUUCCUCCAGGCGCUGCUCGCGCGGAUGACCUCCUCCGGCCCCCGAACCCUCCGCACGCUAGCCGCCGCCUACGAACGCAACUGCUCCUUCGACUCCACUCGCAAGACGGCGCUGCGGUUCCAAGAGGUCAGCCCCUGGUCGACCUUCGGCCACGUGGCUUCCAACGGAGCGAUCCUCGAGGCGUUCGACGGCGAGUCCCGCGUCCACAUUCUCGACCUCAGCAACACCUUCUGCACCCAGUGGCCGACGCUGCUGGAGGCCCUGGCAACGCGAUCCGACGACACCCCGCACCUCCGCCUGACCACCGUCAUCACCACUCCCGGCGGGGGGGGGGGCGGCGGUGGCAGCGGCGUGGAGUCGUCCUCGAGCACUUCGAGCGUACAGAGAGUCAUGAAGGAGAUCGGGGCGCGCAUGGAGAAGUUCGCCCGGCUCAUGGGCGUGCCCUUCAAGUUCCAGGCCAUCCACCACACCGGAGACCUAUCGGGCCUUGACUUCGACUCGCUGGGAGCCCCCGCAGAUGGCGACGAGGUUCUUGCCAUCAACUGCGUCAACGCACUGCAUGGGGUGGGGUCCGGCUCCCUCCGGGACUCGGUGGCGGCCGCGCUGAGGAGGCUGCGGCCCAAGAUCAUGACGAUCGUUGAGGAGGAGGCCGACAUACGACCGGAUGACGACGGAGACUACGUGAGGGCUUUCGGGGAGACCCUGCGGUUCUUCUCCGCCUACUUCGACUCGCUCGACGAGAGCUUCCCGAAGACGAGCAACGAGCGGCUGUCUCUGGAACGCGCCGCCGGAAAGGGUAUCGUAGACCUGGUGGCCUGCGGGACUGAGGAAUCCACCGAGCGGCGGGAGACAGCGGCGAGCUGGUCCACGCGGAUGCGCACCGCUGGGUUCUCCCCGGUCUCUCUCAGCGACGAUGUGGCGGAUGAUGUUAGGGCGCUGCUGAGGAGGUAUCGCGAAGGCUGGUCAAUGGCGGCGUCGAGCGAGGGGGACCCGUCGGCGGCGGGGGUCUUCCUGUCAUGGAAGGAGCAGCCAGUGGUCUGGGCCUCUGCGUGGAAGCCGUAG